AUGUCUGAUGUAUUUGGACCUGCACCUGAACCACCUACCGAGUUAGGACGUCUAAGAGUUCUCUCUAAAACAGCUGGUAUAAGAGUCUCUCCGCUAAUAUUGGGAGGUAUGUCGAUUGGUGACGCCUGGUCAGGAUUCAUGGGGUCAAUGAACAAGGAGCGGGCUUUUGAGCUGCUUGAUGCCUUUUUCGAGGCAGGUGGAAACUUCAUUGAUACUGCAAAUAAUUACCAAAAUGAACAGUCAGAGGCAUGGAUAGGUGAAUGGAUGGUUUCAAGAAAAUUGCGUGACCAAAUUGUUAUUGCCACCAAAUUCACCACAGACUAUAAGAAGUAUGAAGUGGGCAAGGGCAGAAGUGCCAACUUCUGUGGUAAUCACAAGCAUAGUUUACACGUAAGUGUGAGAGAUUCUCUUCGCAAAUUGCAGACUGAUUGGAUUGACAUUCUCUAUGUUCACUGGUGGGAUUAUAUGAGUUCGAUCGAGGAAGUUAUGGAUAGUCUGCAUAUUCUUGUGCAGCAGGGCAAGGUCCUCUACCUGGGAGUAUCUGAUACACCUGCAUGGGUCGUGUCUGCUGCAAAUUACUACGCUACCUCUCACGGGAAAACUCCCUUCAGCAUCUAUCAAGGUAAAUGGAAUCUGUUGAAUAGGGACUUUGAGCGUGAAAUUAUUCCAAUGGCUAGGCAUUUUGGUAUGGCUCUCGCUCCAUGGGAUGUCAUGGGAGGGGGAAGAUUUCAGAGCAAAAAAGCUUUAGAAGAACGGAAGAAGAGUGGAGAGGGCCUGCGUAGCUUUGUUGGUACAUCUGAACAGACGGAUGCAGAGGUUAAGAUCAGCGAGGCAUUGUCGAAGGUUGCUGAGGAACAUGGCAUUGAGUCUGUCACAGCUAUUGCCAUUGCCUAUGUCCGCUCCAAAGCGAAGCAUGUUUUCCCAUUGGUUGGAGGAAGGAAAAUUGAGCACCUCAAACAAAAUAUUGAGGCGUUGAGUAUUAAAUUGACACCAGGACAGAUAGAAUAUCUAGAAAGCAUUGUCCCAUUCGAUGUUGGGUUCCCUAGCAAUUUCAUCGGAGAUGAUCCUGCAGUUACUAAGAAACUUGCAUUCCUUCCAGCAAUGUCUGCCAAGAUUGCUUUUGACGAUUAG